UUUCUAAAGAUCAUUUACAUAUUUCUUGUAGGGUGGCAGUUAGUAUGUGAGCAAUGUCUGCGGAGUACGAUAAUAAGGGAUAUGACAGGAAAGACACGGAAAAGGGGACACGUGAAGUGAAUGAAGCGGAUCGCUCUCAGGUCAAGCUAAGUUUCAAAAAGGACGGACCAUGGAAAAGAAGAACCGAAGUCGAAAAGGGACUGAUUUUCUUCCUUGUUAUUUUCUUCUUAGCCGUUAUUGGGUUAGUAAUAGCUAUUGUACAGUCUACGAAGAAAUCAGUUGACGCCACACCGGAGAUAUGUACAACACCGGAUUGUGCACAAGCAUCUGCAAGGAUUUUAGAGAACAUGGACAUGACAGUUGAUCCAUGCGAAGAUUUUUACAUGUAUUCAUGCGGCUCGUGGAAGAAGAAACAUGUCAUUCCAGAGGACAGAACGGGUUAUUACCUGUUUAGUGAGCUCGACGGCAGUGUCCAGGUGAUAAAUAAAUAUUUACUAGAAUAUACAUCGUCGUACCGAGAUGUCUCGGGCAUUUUGAAAGCGAAGGAUAUGUAUGCUUCUUGCAUUGACUUAAAAAAAAUCGAAGACAGAAAUUCUACAGUUGCUAUACCUUUGUUGAAUGAAAUGGGUGGUUGGCCGGUCCUGGGCUCAAACCAAGGAGGCAACUGGUCUGCUAGCAAUUUUAAUCUAUCUCAGCUGCUGAUCUUACUUAGAAAAUACAACAACGUACCUCUAAUUGACAUAUUUAUCUAUUCAGAUAUUAAGGAUUCAGAUAACUACAUCAUAUAUUUAGACCAACCACGCUUUGGACUUCCAGGAAGACUAUAUUAUCUACAAGACAGCUUAUCGCAUAUGCGCGAGGCAUACGUUACCCUGGCGUCAUCCAUCGCCAAGUUAUUUGGAGCUGAUGAGGCCGAUGCAGAAAGAGAAAUGAGAGAAAUUUUAGACCUGGAGAUAGACCUAGCAAACAUCAGUAUGAAGUCUGAAGACAGGAUUGACAAUGAAGCUCUAUACAACAAAAUGACAAUAUCAGACUUAAAACACAACUUCACAGAACCCGGACCCACAGACCCUAUUCAGUUCGACUGGUUGGAGUACAUUGGAGGAUUUUUUGACAUGGAGAACGUCAAGAUACCACUAAAUGAAAGCGAGCCUGUUGUUGUCUGGGCCGUUCCGAACUUUGAAAAACUCUUCAGCGUGCUUCAGAAGCAUGGAAAACGGUUUAGGGAUCUCAUAACGGACUACAACAAGGUUGUGUAUGGAACAGCAAAGUCUAGUGCAAGGUGGAAAAGCUGUGUGGACUAUACUGUGUAUUAUUUCGGCAUGGCGGUCGGACACAUGUUUAUCAAGGAAACAUUUGACGAAUCGUCAAAGACUGCGGCGCUUGACAUGAUCGGAAACAUUAGACAUGCCUUCAACGAGUUAUUGGAUGAGCUCGACUGGAUGGAUGAACCAACAAAAGUACUCGCAAGAGAAAAGGCCAAUGCAAUGAAGGAAUGGAUCGGUUAUCCUGAUGAAGUGAUAAUUGUGGAUGAAAUCAACAAGAUGUAUGAAAAUGCCACGAUUGACAAAAACGAGUAUUUCAUUAAUGUUCUUAGCAAUUUGAAGAGAAGUGCAGCUGAGGGGUUACAAAAUCUGAGGAAAAAAUUUAAUAAAAAUAUAUGGACUACACCUCCGUCAACAGUUAACGCAUAUUAUAGCCCUAUCCGGAAUAACAUUAUGUUUCCUGCAGGAAUAUUACAGCCACCAUUUUAUAGUAGGGGUCAGCCAAAAUCAAUGAAUUACGGUGGGAUUGGUGCUGUUAUAGGGCAUGAAAUUACCCAUGGAUUUGACGACGGAGGGCGACAAUAUGACAAAAAUGGCAAUCUCAAGGAAUGGUGGGAUACUUCAAUUAUUGACAACUUCAAAGAAAAGGCACAGUGUAUUGUUGAUCAGUACAGCCAGUUUGUAGUACCAGAGGCCAAUUUAAAUGUGAAUGGCAUCAACACACUUGGAGAGAAUAUAGCAGAUAAUGGGGGACUUAAACAAAGUUUUCGGGCUUACAGAAAAUGGGUGGAACAACGUGGAAGCGAGGAACCAAUGUUGCCAGGACUCAAUUUUACACAUAACCAGCUGUUCUAUAUAAACUUUGCUCAGACCUGGUGUAACAACAUGCGAAAAGAAGGCAUGAUCAAUUCCAUAAACAAUGGUGUUCACAGCCCUGGUCAGUUUAGAGUGAUCGGGACAUUGCAGAAUUCUCGAGAUUUCCCAGUAGCAUUCGGUUGUAAGAAGAAUAGUUACAUGAAUCCGCAGAAAAAGUGUUACGUGUGGUAAUAUGCGACAGAUUAAAGGGUAGCUACAUUGAACGCUCGGCAAAAUCUACAAUUAGUAGAGUUAACAAUAUUCUGCCUAAUCUACAUGGAACAGAUUAAUAUAUUAAUGAGACAUUAGAUCCAUUACUUAACGUAUGCACAUUUGUGUCUCUUAGCAUGAGUGUCGCGUGUUGUAUAUGUGAUGUACAGAUUAUGCAGCAAAAUGCCAAACAUAUAAUAUCAUGACUUUAAGUCGUGAAAAUGGAAGACUGAUGUCGAAACAGACUAGCAAAUUAGAACGCAGUUACAGUACAACAGUUUCGAAUUUUGCUUGUGAUUUUACCAACGACUCCCGCUAGAAAUAUAUGACAACAAAAUAACAGGGAAGGAAUCAAAAUGUGCUUAAAGUAUUUUUUCCCCCAAUCAGUCAUGUAUAAAAGAAUCACACAGUCCUGUCUAUCUUACUGUCAGAAUUUUCCUGGAAUAUCAUGAAGCUUUCGAUCACUUUCUACAAAAAAACUACCUAAACACAAUAAAACUUACAUUAGAUUUUAAAGGAAAAACACAACUUGAAAAGCUAUCAAUAUUUGGUACAUUCUUACUCUAUUGCUUUGUUGUGUAAGCAUGUAUACAUCAUUUAAAUUAUGAAAUACUCUAUAUCUCUGUCCAAUCGUUUUCUACAGUUGAAUACCUACAAAUGUUUAAUUGAUUUCAUGCUGUGCUCUGUUAUGUUUGUAUUUUACCGUAGUACGUAUGUGUGUGUGUGUGUGUGUGUGUGUGUGUGUGUGUGUGAAGUAUUCAAUGUAUCAUUGGUUAUAUUAAAAUGUAAUCUAAAAAGUCA